AUGGCUGACUCGAACGAGAUUGAUGAUAUUUGCACUCCAGGUACCGUCCACUUGGUAGAUUUGGAGCAUACAAUUGUUGCUCAGCAUGUUCGCGACAGAGCCGACAUUCUUUUGGUCCCGGUGCCGUUGCAGGAUCCCGAGGACCCUCUAAACUGGACUCCAAAGCGCAAAUACUUGGCUUUGUCAUGCUCUCUGCUAUAUACCUGGUUCAAUGGAAUAGCACUGUCUGUCGUCUACUCGGUGCUUGUUCCUCUCUCCGAGGCGCUCAAUGUCUCGGUUGCCACGCUUAAUGCUGGUACGGGCUACAUGUUUCUGCUUCUAGGGUGGUCUCUGUUGUUUUGGCAGCCUUUUGCUCUGCAAUACGGCAAGAGGUUUACCUACUUGCUCUCUUUGAUUGCGCUCAUGGCUGUCACUAUAUGGAGCCCGUAUGCCCACAGCACAGGGCAGUGGAUUGCAAAAAGCAUUCUUACAGGUUUCUUUGCCGCACCAAUCGAGGCACUCCCAGAGACAACCAUUGCUGAUUUAUUCUUUACUCACGAGCGUGCAACCUACAUGGGCUGGUAUGCCUUUACCCUAGCCGGGAGCAACUUUUUUGCACCCAUCAUCUGUGGCUUUAUCAAUGACAGUAUGGGGUACAAGUGGGUUUUCUACUUUCCUGCAAUAUUCAUUGCUGUGACCUGGAUCUUUCUUUUUCUCUUCAUGGAGGAGACAAACUACGACAGGGAGUCAAAACGCAGAUCCGCAUCAGACCAGCAGCGAGAUUUCAGCAAGAACACCAAGUCAUUCCGGAGCAAGCUCUCCGUUUUAAAUAUUUCACGGCCAUUCAUGAUGCAUCGCCGAGCCUGGCAAUCUCUCAAACUGCUUUCUUGGCCUGUGGUAUUUUAUGCAGGCUUCAGCUAUGGGACGUAUUUGAUAUUCUUCAACAUCCUCAACGCCACCAGUUCCAUCAUUCUCGGAGGCAGUCCCUACAAUUUUACCCCAGCUCUCGUGGGUCUAACCUACGUAGCAUGCCUUCUCGGCUUUUACGGGAGUGUUCUCAGACCGAUUCAUUAUUCGGGUAGCCCGCAACAACAAUGGUGUUCUAGAGCCAGAACAUAG